AUGAAGAUUGAUACGAACAAGAUAUGUAAUCGCAUAUGGGAUGGGUAUGAUCGCGUGAAGAGAGAAUGCUGUGAGAAGGGAAUCAGCUGGUUGAGUGCGUUACAGGACGACCGACUAAAGAAGUCUCGGCAUGCGGUUGAAAUGCCCAGCUGGUUGAAAAUAGACACGAACAAGAUGCGUGAUCACAUAUGGGAUGGGUAUGAUCGCGUGAAGAGAGAAUGCUCUGAGAAGGGAAGCAGCUGGUUGAGUGCCUUACAGGACGACCGACUAAAGAAGUCUUUGUCUGCGAUCGCAUCGCCCGAUUGGUUGAAGACUGGCACGGAAAAGAUACUUAAUUACGCAUCGAGUUGGUACGAUAGCGCGAAGAGACGUUGGUCUGGGCAGGACCGUCAGCAGUAG